UCUAGUUUGAGGUUAUAGCCUAUUUGAUCAAAAUUAUGAUUUCGAACUCAACAUUUUCUAGCCUAUACUUGACGUGGAAAACUAGCCUAGUUCUUGUAUGAAACAUCGUGUGUUUAAAACGCACUUACUACACUAUAAAUAAAAUUAUCUUUUUCUAGUGUGGUGUUUUUAGACUAUGAAGGAUUGUAGGCCUAUAGGAAUUUGCAAUGAAGUGAAGACAAAUCUUGAAAUAUUAAUCUCUGAUAGGCCUAUUUUCAAUAACGCGUAGAAUAUUUUGGGUCUAUGGAUCAAAGUUACGGUUUUUAGACUGUAACAAAAUCAGCCUAUUGAUGAGGAUGAACUCCGUGGGAGGUACGUUGGAUUCAAUCCAUAUCAAGGACAUCCGUCCGGGAUUGAAGAACUUUUCCGUCACGUUUAUCGUUCUGGAUGUGGGUCAGCCUGUGCUACUGAAGGAGAACAGAGAAGUAAGGACUUUGAAAGUUGCAGAUGCCACGGCUUGUAUUAAUCUGUCCCUGUGGGACGAACCAGGAGCCGUUAUUGCACCCGGGGACAUCAUUAGACUGAGCAAAGCCUACGCAGGAGUGUGGCGUAACGCACUUACCUUAUACUCGGGCAAAAACGGUGAUAUUGAUAAAAUAGGGGAGUUCUGUUUAGUUUUCAACGAACAGCUUAACAUGAGUGAACCUAAUUUGAACUUAUCAAACCCAAUUGGAAACCAACCCGGAGGUGGUGUGCCGAAUUUGAACAGUAAUAUAAAUAACGGUAGUGCUAAUAGUAUAGGUACACUCCAGAACAGACCCGCUCCUCUGCUACCUGCUGCAAGUGAUCGGAAAAACGCCCCUCGAUACUCGGGAGAGAGAACCAGAGAGACCUCCAUUCCUGCGGGGAAACACUCGGGGAAAAGUGGACCUAAGAGUGGGGGCAGAGGGGGUCAACGGAAUGUGAUUCGGAAUGAUAAAAGAUAAUUUAAUAAUGCAUGCGUUAAUA